GCACCUACGAUGACACCCUACUUUUCAUAGCACUUGUAUUCAUUUUGUCCGCGCAUAUGAGCGUACAUUCGAUGUUCUUUUCAUAAUCAAGAGCUAUCAGAGACAUGUCCGCAAUCCGAGUAGGCGCCGCUAUCAACGUUCGCGAGUUCCAGAGCCUCCUGAACUCACUCGGCGCUCUCCAAGGUCAUGCGAUAGACUUUGAAGCUCUCCAAGAUGAGUUGGGAAGGUUUAGGGUCUGGAGCGGUAACCUGGGUGUUUUACAAAAGGGUCACAGCAGUCUAGAUUAUCGACUUCGAGACGCACCUCUACUCUCGAACGAAGUGUUGAAGUUGCUGAAUGAGCUUGAGGAAAAUCUCCACGCAGCACACGAAAUCGUUACUGGCGUUCGUCUUCCAUACGAGCAGCAGUCGCGCCCAGCAGGCUCCGAAGGCGAUGAUGGAGAUGACCCCUUCUUUAGUGAAGACGAGGACGACAAAAGUGAUCCAGGUGCUCCCAAAACCGAGUUAAGGAUGCGCUUUCAAGAGGUUGUCGACAUCAUAGAUCAUCUCUACAAAAUUUCAGUCAGGAUUCGAGCACCUACCGUUCAUACGAGGUCGCUGAAAGCGGCUUCCUACCAACCCAAAGACCCUGAAACCGGAGUCGAUAUACUUAGCCAGUAUGCAAUAUUUGACAGAUUCCAUACCCAGGAGCUUGUGAGGCAUCUCAGGGUACCUUAUGUUUCGGCUCGUGAGCCUACGGAGGAGAACGAUGACCUGGUUGACCGCCUUGCGCGGGCUGUCACACUGCGCAGGAGACAAUUCAAAUACUGGAGAAGGCAUCGGGACAAAUUGGGUAUUUCGACUAUACAAGAAGAGCCACAGGCACCUGCUGCAAUACAGCGACCAGAGGCUCCUCACCGGCACGAUACCCUCGAAGCGCAGCCCGGUACACCAGGCCUUGAUGCACUGCCUAAGCAAGCGCCAAGUCAAAAGACUGGAAAAUCGCUUCUUUCUGGUACAGAGGCGACUCAUCACCAUCAAUCUCUGGAUGAUAUUGUUGAUUCCAAAUCCGUUACCAGUUACGCUGUUACCGUCAAGGACUUAUCCGGCAAAGGAAUUGACCUUCCUCCGCCACCAAAAGCAGCCGAUGGCAAUAAAGAUUUCGAAUGCCCUUACUGCUUCAUCAUUUGUCCCGCGAGGUAUGGUAAAGGUCGACCUUGGCGAACACAUGUUCUGCAAGAUUUACAACCAUAUGUUUGUACGUAUCCAGAGUGUCAAGCGCCUGAUCAGCUUUUCAGGAGUCGUCGAGAUUGGGUAGAGCACGAGAGUGGUCAUCGCAAGGCAUGGAGGUGUCCAGAACACUCUGAAGCGGUCUACAGAUCUCAUUCCGGCCUUGAAGAGCACCUAAGAACGCACCACGGGGAAAGCGUGCCCGAAGGCCAGGUAUCUAGCAUUGUAAAAGUUGGCGAGACAUCUACACUCGACCUGCGUCAAGAGUGUCCAAUCUGCUACGCUUCGGUAGAGAUAGAGGGUAUGGGUACCUUGAACAACCACAUUGCGAAUCAUUUGGAGAGGAUAGCGGCCUUCUCGCUACCUAUUGAUAUGGAUGACGACUCGGAUGGGGGUAGCUCGCAAGCAUCUCGUGGGGGCACCGAAAGCUCGGCGAUACCUACAGCCAGUCGAUCUUCGGACAGUGAUUACAGCGGUUACAGCAAUGAAGAAGAAAUCACAUCAGACCUAUUUCUAGAUGCUGACGUUACGUUUGGGCACGUUGCUACAGAUCAGCAACCAAAAAGCCCCGCUAGAGCACCAGGACUUCUCUCUGAGUCGCUGAUUCGCGCUCUUCCAGAUGACAGCGGGCAUAGAAUGAAACUGUUAUUCUCCAGUCAAAAAGAUGAUAGACAGGAUGCAGAAGAAGAUCAGGAGACAGGGGAUAGUUUCAACGAAAGUGACACGGCCGUUGAGGAACAUAUGGCCGAAAGAGAGGUGUUCCGUAAGUAUCUCUUGUCAUUGGAAGGUGCUCAGUCAGUACGAUUCUAUACGCGAUACGGUUCUUGGAACGGCAACAUCAAUUUCCGGAACGGAGAUGCUGCAGUCAGAGCGAUGCAGACAUUUGACAAAGAGCGAUAUCCUAGAGUCCAACUUCGUCAGAAAGAUGCGAAAAAGGAAACAUUGAAGUUCACUGCGCUCAACCAAAAUUGGACCAAGGCGGCGAGGGUUAGCCCGCUCUACGCCCAAGAACCCGACGCGAAUGGUUUGUUUCACUGCCCAGGAAAAGAGUGGAGCGAUUGCGAUCACAAGCCAACUACGCUCAAGACGGUCUACGACUCUUACGUAGAUUUCCACCUUAGGAAGUCCUGGAACAACUCUGAGAGCAAGGAAGUCGCAUUCGAUCCAGAUGUCACUGUUGUGCAGACAAGCCCUUCGUAUAGUCAAUCCUCCGGAUCACAGCAGUCCUCAACACAUUCAGACGUAAGAGACGUGGGAGAGAUCUCGCCGAUACUGGAUGUAGCCGACAUUCCAAGCAUUCGUGCACUGUACCGAUCUUCAAAACUGGCGCCGCGAGAUGAUCCAAACUAUCCUCCAAACGAUGACUACAAUGGGAUCAUAUCCUUCUGUUACUAUGACAUCACCCGUCUAAAAGUGGACGCUAUCGUCAACAGUUCCAACCGAGGAUUGGCCCCAUCGAGAGCAGAUUGGACCUUGAACAGCAUCAUCCACAAAGCUGCUGGGCCAGGAUUAGGUGAGGAAUGCUCACGCAUAGACAGAUUGAAGGUUUCUCAAUCUGUCCUCACAGGCGGCUACAACCUCCCAUGUACUCAUGUUAUCCACGUCGCAAGGCCGCACUACUCUAACAGUAAGGGGAUGGGAGAAUACAACCUUCUUACUGAAGGCUAUCGCAGUGCUCUGAGGUUGGCUAUGAAAAAGGACCUGAAGAGUAUUGCCUUUUGCUGCCUAGGUACAGGCGGCAUUGGAUUCCCAGCUCGAAUCGCCGCCCGCAUUGCCCUUCAGGAAGUCCGCGAGUUUCUCGACGCUCACCCGAGGCACUCGUUCGAACACAUCGUUUUCUGUGUGUUCACAGAGGAUGAUUUACAUGCAUAUACCACUUUCUUUUCCAAAUUCUUUCCACCUACUCGGGAAGAUUUGGAUACCGCUGUCUCGGACGAGGGGAAUAAGGACACAGCCAGGCUGAGCGCUCUGAUACAGGAGGUGUACACACAGGUUAAGCUUAUCAACCAAGACAUCAAGACAUUUAACGCUGAGGCUACAAAUAUGCCGCAACGUCUGGUCCAACAGCUCUCAAGUAUAGCUGUACUUUUGGAGACAUUCAAAGAGAUAACAUCAGGAGCCGAAACCGAACGUCUCAUAGCGCGAGUGAUGCAGUACAUAGAACUGUUGUGUUCAGUCAUGAACGCAAUCUGCGGAAACUUGAUGGAAAUGAUCGAGCUUGCCAAAGCAAAGGAGAACCUAGGGAUGCCGAGUCACAAGAUCCUAUGGGACGACUACAAUGAUCACAUGUACACUUAUCAGGGACUCACCAUCGUGGAACUGGUCGACAUCACACAGGAGUUCGCAAAACAUGUGAAUGACGUCUUGGAUCGCGACGUUCCCAUACCGCAUGAGAUGAAGACAAUUAGAACUCGACUGAGCGCUUGGCUCACGAAACAGACUGGGCAAGGGCCCCAAAAUACCCAUGAUCACUUUGAGGAGGUCAUGUUGACACGGGAAUACCAACGAGACGUGCCAAUUUCAAUUCGAACUGACAUUGUAAAACUGCAUCAAGUUCCGACCCUUGCUCGGUUGUACGAGCAGGGCAUCCUGCCAGCAAAUGAAGCACCAGCUACACCUUCAGCCCGUUUCAAUGGUAUAGUGUGUCUCACCAAAGAAGAUAUCACAAAAAUAGAGGUCGACAUUCUCGUGAGCAGCACCGAUACAGGAUUCUCGGGCAUUGGGAGACUGGAUCGAACUGUCUUCUUAGGCGGCGGUCUGGAGUUGCAACAGGAAUGUGCUAAACAUGUGCCUUGCAAGGAAGGCGAGGUUGUACUGACUGGAGGCUAUGCUCUGCCUGCUAAACACAUUCUGCACGCGAUACCACCCGCCAUCUACCGAACAGAUACAUUGCAGGUAUUACGAGACAUUUAUAGAAAGAUCCUCUAUAUGGCGAGGAAUCUGAAAGUCACAUCAAUAGCGAUCCCCACGCUUGGAACAGGUAUGCUCAACUACCCCAGAAGAGACUCCGCAGCUAUUGCAUUACGGGAAAUAAAGGAAUUUUUGGCAUUCCAGGAAUUGAAUGAACAAAGCAGCUCGAUCGAGAAGAUAGUUCUCGUGGUCUUCUCUCCCAACGAUGAGUUUGUUUACAGUUCUCUUUUGCCAGCAUACUUUCCACCUGUCAACUUGAGCGUCAAUGAUCCUGAGAACAUUCGCUCAUCCCCUAAGCCGAUUCGUCAAGAAUCUCGUGGUCUACUCACCACUCUAGGAGAACAAAUCCGCAAGUUUGGCCCGGGAAAGCAGUCUACCUCCAAUACACGCCCACUGGAGCCUACCGAGGAGGACAUGCUUAUUGUCUUCGAAAGUCAUGCCCAAGGAUGCCCAACUUGCAGAAACAUCCCCAAACUCUACUCAGAGGGCAGAGAUCUGUGCGACGAUGGCUACCGGUUCGCAGCACAAAUUCUACGACAUCUUCACAUGCGGACCGAUCAAUCCGUGUAUCAGCUUCGAACUGUGGAAGACUUCCCGCAGGCAGUAGAAAUCCCAGAUGUGUUUCCGCUGUCUUUGGAACUUCUCCACACGGUCGAGAAGAGUUUUCGCGACCCGACCCGGGACAGACCUUUCGUCAGUAAUCAGCCGUCAUUGGGACUCAAGGGUCGCAUUCUGGAAUAUGCGGUGUACAACAUCGAAGUCACUGUCUCUAGUCAACCCCAUUUCCAACAAGCGUUCGAUCGAAUAUACAUCUGGUCUGAUCCAGCGAGUGGACUGCAGCACUUUGAAGCUCCCGUACCAACAUUACACCUGACACGAGGCGCAAUUUUGAUUCGGCAGGGAAGCGAUGACAAUGUCUCUAAGCCACCCAUUCGUCUGGUCUUGUCACCUCGCUCCGUCAUCAACCUGCCGUCAGGCACAGAGAUUGCGGUCGUGGAUGGCCCCAUCGAAGAUCAUGAUUCUGUGUACGACUUCAGAACCCGGUUCACACUUGGACUUAGAUCGCAAUCGGACUGCAAGAUGCUGCUGACGCGAAUAAAGCACGCUGCGGAGAACGUACCAACUUCAGCAGCCCAGGAGGAAUUUGGCUUGGCUUUGCCUCAAAAUCAAGCCCAGAAAGCAUUUGCGAAGGUCUACCAGUGGUCACAAGCGACAGAGAGCUGGGAACCCUUUGAUGCUGAGCUGUCUGAAGCGUCGCUCUCUGUAAGGCCAGGCAGUCUAGAGAUUCUCCAGCGUGCUUCGAAGUUUACAUGGCGGCUGAAGCUAACGUCUUACUCGAUCAUCAAAGAACAAGCGCACGUCGAUAUCAUGAUAGAUAGGGUCACCACAGCCGGAGACAGUGAUACAGGACUUGGGCAUUGGAAACGCAUUAUGCUAAGGUGUCGCUCACAGACAGAACGAGACGCUUUAUUGGAAUGUCUUCAACGUGCUGCAGAUUCCUCAGGAAGACCGCCUACGCCUUCUCAGCCAGCUACACCGACUCAAGACACUUCAGAGAAUCAGUUUCGUUUUGACGAGGAAAUGAAGGCUCCAAUGCACUGGGAAAACGCGUACCAGGACCAUAGCGCACCCGUCCGAGACAAUCCUUUCAAGGUUUUGGUUCCCGGCAUUCCACCCGACAGCCGACAGCCAGAAAUCCUGGGAGAUUUCGAUGUACAGUCAUUUCUAGCAGCAGAUUCCAUGAGCGUAACGGAUCAGCCACAUGUCAGCCUCAACGAAGCCAUAAAUACGGUCCUCGAUGACGGUGGUUUUGCGAAAGGGCCUGUUGGCCAGAGCACUACAUCACAAAACCGCAGACUGUCAGACGUGGCAGAAACGAAAGCGACCUAUGGACCAGACCUCGUGAGCAAAGCUAAAGCUAGAGCAUCAGCCGCUACAGAGGAAACCGAAUUCGCGCGAGCAUCUGGCCUCACCCUCCUAGAACAUCGGAUCCUCGCAUACAUUGAGUGGCUUCCACAAUCUAGAGACGCAGGUGUUCCUGAGCAAGAUCUUGUGGCAGAGCUAGGCGAGUCAAGCGUGAACCUCGUAGAUGCAAUUGAGCAUCUUCGUUCACUCAACCUGAUUGAAAUAGUGCCUAGCCGCGAACGGAGGUGGGCUACGACUACAGUUGCCAAGACUCGAUUGCGGCUCAACCAACGAUUACAGACCGUCUUGCCUAGAAACGACCCGCAUCGCUCCAGUGCAACGCCUGAGACCAGCACCGAGAGUCACGAGCCAGCAGCAGAAGAGCUGCUCCACAAGUCAUCAUCAACCACGGUCGCCGAACCUAAAGAACCUGUCGAUGCAUCGCAGUCAUCUACGCAAACCACAUCCGCUCUUUCAGACCCGCUCGCACGUCUUAUUGACCCCAAACUGAUUCCCCUAGAAGAACUCAAUAUCGAAGCCUACUUCGAUCACGAAGUCAUGCACUCCACCCAGAUCGACAAGAGAUUGGUUUAUGAAGAAGUACUCGUAAAGGCCGGGCUGCCGCCUACCGAGAGGAAGGGGUGGUGGUAUGUUGAUCGGGUGUUGACAAAGGAGGAGGUGCAGGAGCUUCAUGAAGAGACGCGGAGAACCCAUCGGUUUACACCGCUGGAGCAUAGGUGGGAGUAAUGGCCGUAUGGAUAGAUUCAUGUUGGUUGGAUGGACGACCAAGGGAUGCAACCAGGUUGUAGUAGUAGAUCGGUAGUC